AGCAGGUUAGGUUGCGGGCAGAGCCGGCGAGGCUGAGAUUGUGGGCGGGGCCGUCUCUCCCUCUCCCUCUCUCUCCAGUGCUUUACCUUUCACCCCCUCCUCCCUCUCCCCUCUCACUCUAUCGCAGCUCAAACAGCCCAGAGGAGUCAUGUCGGCCGGGGACGCGAGCGAGCAGACGGCGCAGCUGUCACUGGAUGAACUGUACGUGUCUGAUCGUGAAGGGGAUGAUUCAGCAGGCACAGGAACGAAAGAGAAACCAUUCAAGACAGCUCUUCGGGCACUGACUGCAUAUGGGAAGGAGCCAUUCCCUACUAUUUAUGUAGAUUCCCAAAAGGAAGGCGAGCGCUGGGAUGUUAUAUCUAACACACAGCUGAAAAAUGUCAAGAAGCUCUGGCAACGAGGACAGGUGAAGAAUGAAGCAGCAGCCCAAAAGGAGAUUGAAGAUGCGUUACGCCGAGAGAAGAAUCUGGAAGAGGCCAGAAAGGUAGUCAUUAAACUGGACCCCAGUCUUCCAGAGCCAAAGUUGGUGAAAAUACGAGACACUGAAGCUCAUCGAGGGCAGCGAGUGAAGAUCUUUGGCUGGAUUCAUAGAUUACGCAGACAAGGAAAGAACUUGAUGUUUGUGGUUCUGCGAGAUGGCACAGGAUUCCUGCAGUGUGUGUUCAGUGAUAAAUUGUGUCAAUGUUACAAUGCACUGGUCCUGUCCACAGAGAGCUCCGUUGCACUUUAUGGUACCUUGAAGAUUGUACCAGAAGGGAAGAUGGCUCCUGGUGGGCACGAAUUGAUCUGUGAUUACUGGGAGCUGAUCGGCCUGGCCCCACCUGGAGGUGCAGACAAUUUGCUGAACGAGGAAUCUGACGUAGACGUGCAGCUCAACAAUCGUCACAUGAUGCUGAGAGGGGAGAACAUGUCCAAGAUUUUCAAAGUGCGCUCCGCACUGAUACAAUGCUUUAGGGACCACUACUUUGACCGCGGCUACUUUGAGAUCACUCCCCCGACAUUGGUGCAGACACAGGUGGAGGGAGGUUCCACUCUCUUCAAAAUGAACUAUUUUGGUGAGGAAGCCUUUCUGACCCAGUCUUCUCAACUGUACUUGGAGACCUGCCUGCCUUCCCUUGGGGAUGUUUUCUGCAUCGCCCAGUCCUAUCGUGCUGAACAGUCUCGGACACGCAGACACCUUGCAGAGUACACUCAUAUUGAGGGAGAAUGUGCCUUCAUCACCUACGAUGACCUUCUGAACCGUCUGGAAGAUCUGGUGUGUGACGUGGUUGACCGUAUUCUCAAGUCACCGUUUGGAGAUCUUGUGCGUGAAUUGCAUCCAGAAUUUCAGCCGCCCAAGCGCCCGUUCAGGAGGAUGAACUACACUGAUGCCAUCACCUGGCUCAAGGAGCACAACUAUAAAAAGGAAGAUGGAACUUUCUACGAGUUUGGAGAAGAUAUUCCCGAGGCUCCAGAGAGAAUGAUGACCGACACGAUCAACGAGCCAAUUCUGCUGUGUCGCUUCCCUGCUGAGAUCAAGUCUUUCUACAUGGAGCGCUGCCCGGAGGAUCGCAGGCUGACUGAAUCGGUUGAUGUUCUGAUGCCGAAUGUUGGUGAGAUUGUGGGAGGAUCGAUGCGUAUCUGGGACAGUGAUGAGCUGUUGGAGGGUUACAAACGUGAAGGCAUUGAUUGCACUCCAUAUUACUGGUACACUGACCAGCGUAAAUAUGGCACGUGUCCACAUGGCGGAUAUGGAUUGGGGCUGGAACGUUUCUUAACUUGGCUUGUCAACAGGCACCAUAUCAGAGAUGUCGUCUUGUACCCACGUUUCGUUCAGCGUUGCAAACCGUAAUGCCUCAACUAAUUCUCAAUGUUCUGCAAGAUUGAAGGAAAUCUGAGCACCACUUAGAAACAAACCACAGCUGAUUAAACAUUGCAUGUCAUUUAAAAAAUGUUUGCUUACCUGUUUCCUUAACAUGUAACCUACAAGCAAUUAUUGUAUACCAACUCCUAAUCCACUGCUGUAUUAAAUGACCCCAAAGAG